CCCUUCAAGAAGCAAGCAGGAAAUCGCUCUUUUCUCCCGGAUUACUGACACGUCUAAAGUUCCAAAAAGGCAUCAUCAUGAGCUCAAACGGACCACCAGAUUCAACCGCUGAUGACCAACUUGACCCUGAGGAAGAGAAACGAUUGGCAGCAGCUGCCCGUGAAGCUAACCGUCUCCCAGAGCUCCGGCUGAUCCUGCUGGGUUGGCGAUGGCCAGGUAAAAGCCUGACCGGCAACACCAUUCUGGGCCGCGAAGAAUUUCGUCUGGAACGUGCCGCCGAAUUCUGUGUAAAGCGUGAAACCGAGGUGGAUCGGCGCCAAGUAACAGUAGUAGACACUCCUGGCUGGUUCUCAGCCCAAACCACGCCAGCAGACUACCAGCAGGAGAUGGUCCGAAGCGUAGCUAUGUGCUCACCUGGACCACAUGCCUUCUUGCUGGUCAUACCGGUGGGCAUGUUCACAGAAACAGACCGGGCUCGUAUAGAGGAGAAUUUAGCACUUUUUGGGGAGGAUGUGUGGAAGCACACCAUGGUGGUGUUCACCUGGGCAGAGGUUUUGAAGGACAGGUCCAUAGAAAGACAUAUACGAAGGGAAGGUCGUGACCUUCAGUGGGUGGUGGACAAAUGUAAGAAGAGGUACCACGUCAUCAAUAACUAUAUUUUUGGCGAACACCCACAGCUGCCCCAGCUGAUGGAAAAGGUUGAGAAGAUUGUAGCUGAAGAAGGUGGUUACUUCACCCUUAAGACAGAUGAAACUAAAACACAAAGUCAAACCCAGAGUCUGAAUCUGAACACCAAUUCAGUGAAGGAGAACAGGGAGCUUGGCGCUAGACCCAAACAGAACGGCUCCUGCAACUCGCUGCGGGCCAUGGACGUGGAUCCUCCACAGAGUUUGGUUAAAGGAGUGAGUGAUUAAGGCUGUGAUAACAGUUCCAGUGCUGCUGUAUUCAUUACCUCAAUUUCACUGCUCUUAAAUUAUGAAACACCCACUAGCCACAUAUCAGUCCAGAAGUCCAGCUUCAGGUUGUAAGGCAGGCAAAUGUCCCUGUAUUAUAUAAUUCUUACCCCACAAAAUACAAGAUAGUCCCAAUACAAAUGAUCAAGUCAAAUUGGUGUUAGUAAAUCAGUUGUACAACACCCCGUUCAGUAAUUAAAAACAUUUGUAAAGAUGGUAUAUCUUGCAGAUAUCACUAGUAUACAUACUUACCCAAGCAGCUGUGUCUCUAUACUGUAUUAUGUCUGAAGGAUACAUUAGCACAGAGAAUAAUAAGGUAAUGGAGUCAUUAGUCAAUCAGAAACACUCAACAUUCAUAAAUUAUUUGCACUAAUGAGUUUAACCUAAUAGCUUGUAAAAUGUCUCAACUAAUGCACUAAUACAGUUGUCAGAUAAGAGUCUGUCUCAGUCAUGUUAUUGUAGCAUUGGUUAGUUACAUUUGUGACAGUUGCUAUGGAAUUAUAAAUUGUCCAAAACCAUGUUACGUUUUCCAGUUAUUUCACAUCAGUUUAGCUGCUGAUUCAGGUAUUUCAGACACAGCAGAUGUUUGCUAAUGAUAUUAUUUUCUAGUAAUAUCGUUAUUGCUGUUUUAUUAUUUGAGUGUAUGCUUAAAUGCUUUUAAGUUACUGAUUGUUUUAAGAUUACUGUGAUAUAUUUUAUUUUCUAAAUGUAUUUGUUUUACAUUCUAUCUUGAUUGUACGAAUUAUAAAUGGCUUCCUUUCUGAAACUGAGGCUGAGUAACUAUUGUUAUAAGCACUCUAAAUAUCAACACUGUUAAAGUUUUGUCACUGUCAAGUUCUGAUGGAACAUAUCUGCUACCUGUAUAUCUGCUAUCAAUUGAUUUACAUGAAUGCAUUCCUUUCUAGAUCUGUUGACAUUUCUGAAAGCCAUAAAAAUCUCCUUUCCAGAUGCCUUAUCAUGAGCCAGUUUUUCAGUUGCCUAAUGAUAAUGUAAAGCUGCACUGCUGUGAAAUAUUUCUGGUUCACUCUUGAUCUGUGGAUAAGAUGCAGUUACCAAGUUGUUUUCUUCAUCUGACAUAAUAUAUAUUUAGCAUUCAUAUUUCUAUUAUUAUUAUUAUAACAUUUUUACUAUACUGUAUCUAUAACAAAAUAUAUAAUUAUAACGUUUUUAAAUCUUUGUUAUAUUUUUUACUACAGCACAUUUUAUUUUUGCUGUCAUGAAAAGAUCACAGAAUCUGAGUCGGUCAAAAAGAACGUGUCUUGUUAAAAUAUUCUGGCCCUUUACGUGUUGUUACACGUCUGUUACUGCUUAUAACCACAAGAUGGCGCCAUAAUUUAACAGCAUAUAUGUAGGAUAACUUUUUUUGUUUUUUUGACUGUCGUGGUCUAAUCACAGGCAGGACUGUUAAUAACUAUAAUUAAUUCUGCAUUUAUCUGAAUAUUUAAUAUUAAAAUGCCUAAGACCAAUGUUAAACACAACAUGAAAUAAUAUUUCAGUAAAAAUAAAGAUGACACAAGCACACGUUGUAAACACAGAUCAGUUAUAAACCAGAGCUAUAGAAGUGCAGGACAAAUCUAUAAUCCAUUAGAGCUACUAAAAUUAAGGAACAUUUUUCCACUUUACUGUAGGCCGCUGGUGUAUU